AUGCGUGCAUCACUCUUCUUGCUCGCCGCCAUUGGUGCAGAAGCCUGUCAGCGUGAGCGUGUACUCAAGCGCCAUGCUCAUAGCCAUGUCAAGAGACAAACAUCCUUUCCUCCAGUCUUAGACGCCAAUGAGCAGAUUCUACUCAAUUCAUUUGAUAAUACCUCUAUAUCCACAUGGUCGUAUUACUACACCCAUGGCGACCAUAUCGCUGGAAGAAAUGAGUCAAUGGCACAGUGGACUGCCGACAAGUGGAGCGAGUAUGGCUUUACAUCCAGGCUGGAUGAGUACUACGUCUUUCUCAACUACCCGGUCUCGCAUUCGCUUGUCUUGACCUACCCCAAUGGUAGUACCUACACUCCCACGCUCGAGGAAGCAGUGCUUGAAGAAGACCCAACCACAAGCUAUCCAGACAGCAUCUCUACCUUCCACGGCUACUCUUUCACCGGAAACGCGUCUGCAGAAUACGUUUAUGUUGGAAGAGGCCAGCAGGUCGAUUUCGACCGCCUACAGGCACUCGGUGUUGAACUGGAGGGCAAGAUUGCACUUGCCAAGUAUGGUGGCCCUUUCCGAGGUCUCAAGGUCAAGAAUGCGCAAGACCAUGGCAUGAUUGGUGCUGUCAUCUUCACCGAUCCAGGUGACGAUGGCAACAUGACUGAGGCCAAGGGACAGAUAGCAUACCCAAAUGGACCAGCAAGACAUCCCAGCACAGUUCAAAGAGGUAGCGUUCAAUUUCUGAGCACGUAUCCUGGCGACCCCACGACCCCUGGUUAUGUAUCAAAGGAAGAUUCUCCAAGAACUGAUCGUAGCCUCAUUACGCCUCAGAUUCCAUCCUUGCCAAUCUCAUGGGCGGAGGCACAGCCACUGCUACAAGCAUUGAAUGGCUUCGGCCCAUUGAGUGCCGAAAUCAACCGCACUGGGUGGGUAGGCGCCAUCCCUGGCGUCAACUACAGCUCUGGGGCUGGCUCAGGUGCUACUCUUGACAUGAGCAAUGUUAUGAAUGACACAUACGGAUCCAUCUGGAAUGCCAUCGGAGUCAUCAACGGCACACUCGAGGAUGAAGUAGUCAUCGUAGGCAACCAUCGCGAUGCGUGGAUUAUUGGAGGCGCAGCUGAUCCCAACUCCGGAUCUGCUGUUCUGAUCGAACUUGCCAAGGCCUUCGGUGAGCUUGCAAAGACAGGCUGGAAACCAGCUCGCACCAUUGUACUGUGCAGCUGGGACGCCGAAGAGUACGGACUCGUUGGAAGUACUGAAUGGAUGGAGGAGUAUAUUCCGUGGCUGAAAGGUGCUGCAGUUUCUUACCUGAACAUCGAUGUUGCAGUUUCUGGCCCCAACCCAGACAUCUCGGCAACACCAGAUCUGCACGCUAUCGGCACCGAUCUCAUGAAGAAGGUUAUAUAUCCCUACCGCGGCAGCAGCAACCAGACGUUGUAUGAUGUUUGGUCGCAAGUUGACGGAACCAUUGGUGUACUUGGCAGCGGCAGUGACUACACUGCUUUCCUCCACCGAGGUAUCGCGGCAAUUGAUAUGGGCGCUGGCGGCGGACCGAACGACCCCGUAUAUCCAUACCACUCCAACUACGACUCGUACCACUGGAUGGCAACCUUCGGAGACCCAGGCUUCCACACUCACAAGGCCAUGGGCCAGUACCUGACACUUCUUCUGUACCACAUGGUCAACGACCCUGUGGUCCCUCUGCAGCCUGCUGAUUAUGUUGAGGAGCUCAACACUUACCUCGAAGCACUGGAAACCACCAUUGCCUCUGCCAAUGCAACGCUCGAUCUCUCAGCUCUUGUCGACGCCAUCUCGACUUUUGGAACGUCCGCACAGCAAUUCAACGACCUCCGUGACCAAGCCGUCGCAGCCAACGACACCGCUCUGAUCACCGUCCAGAACCACAAGGCACGCGACUUCUCUCGUGGCUUCACUUCCCAAGGUGGCUUGCCCACCAGGGAGUUUUACCAGCACACGAUCUUCGCGCCUGGCCGUGAUACUGGAUAUGCUCCUGUUACCUUCCCAGGUAUCACUGAAAGUAUCACGUUUGACGACGAUAUUGAAUUGGCGCAGGAGUGGGUCGAGAAGACCAGCGCUGCAAUCCUGGUCGCUGCUGCAAUCCUGAAGACCUAA